AUGCACUACUUCCGGCCUGCCAGGCUCGAUCCGUUACAUGUGAACACCGUUUCAAUCAGCACCUUCGUUCGCUACCAGAGUGCGGUUGAGAAGUUCGAGACCUUUUUGCUUCUUUUCGACGCGGCUCCUUCUUCAGCUGCUGAACUAGACGAGUGGCUCGUGCUGUAUCGCCGCGAGGCGGCGCUGUCGCGAUCCAAGCUCGAGAUCACUCUGGCCGGAAUCCAGUUUUUCGCUCCUUGCCUUAGAGGAAACCUGCCCCUCACGAAGAAGGUGAUCAAGGGAUUGGCCAUCGAGUUUCCCUCUAGGCAUGCAUUUCCUAUGCUGUCGCGGUCUGCUAAGUUUAUUGCUUGCAAGAUGGCAGAUGAGGGGGAGUACCGUCUGGCAGUGUGUAUGCUAUUGCAACAGGCCGCAGGUCUUAGGCCUUCAGAGAUGCUGGGGCUUCGGGAACAUGAUUUGCUCCGUCCCAACGAAUUGGUGCAGCGCUACGUCCUGCGGUUGGGCACCAACGUGGGCACCAAGGUGGGCCGCGAGCAGACCGCAUUCUUCGAUCCAGAUCAGGACCGAGUACUUGCAAUGUUUUUCAGACUGCUGCGUGCCACUCCCGAGCAAGGCUUUUUGGCAAACUGCGGUUACGAUCAUUACCGGAGAGUGUUGUCGCGACUCAGCGCUUUGCUGGGAGUGCAUUACUCUCCUCACUCGUGCAGGGCCGGCUUCGCGACUGAAGCCAUCAUUAAGGGCGAGUUGCCGACUGUGGUGCAGAGGCGAGGCCGUUGGUACAGUGAGGCAAGCUUUCUUGUGUACAUCGAUGUGGCAACCGCAUUGCAAGUGGAAGCAGAGUUUCGGAGUCGCUCUCUGGACUCUGAGAUUUCAGAGGCGGUGCGCAGUUUGCUUUUGCACUUCCCUAAGGGAUGUUUCGCAGGUGACACGCAUGGGCCUGCCGGUGGUCGUGCCGAUAGAAGACGCAUCGGCAGCGAGGACUCGCCUUCAGCUACAGCGAGUCAGGCUCAGCCAGGCUCGGCCAAGCGGCGCUCUCGGGUCAUGACGCCUCCGCCUCAGCCUCGAGUGGUCCGCCCAAGCGCUCCGCGACGGCGGCUGGACGGGACGGCCGUACUGUCUCCCUCGCUCCGCGCCCACUUAGAAAGCCGAGCUGGUUCUGCUGCUGGGGGUGCCGGAAGCGCGCGGCCUGAGCCACUCCGGCGAGGGCCUCAGCGCCGCAAGCAGCCCGGGGGGCUGAGCUACUUGUGGAAGUUCCAGUGGUUACUGCAGAGACAGAGGCCCUGGCCUGGCGUGGUCUCUUUCGCCUCCAACGGCCUCGUCGUUUUUGAGUUCCGCAUGCUCCGCAUGGACUUCACUCCGCGUUGGGCCAAUCCAGUGUGGCAGGUGGCUGGUUGGGACGCGGCGGAUGAGUAUGACCAGAUUCUCGUCAUUGCCCGCGAGUUCGCAGCUUCAGUGCCAGCUGUCAACAGUACUUGGGACCAUGUGCUGCCCCUCCCUCCCGCCGCUGCACGUUGGCACGCUUUCGUGGGCUUGUUUCGCCGCGUCGGCGCUGUGCGGCUCUGGCCACUUUGCUCGGGCUGCUGCCUCUUCGUUUCCAUGUGGGAGUAUGGGACCAUGCAUCCGCUGGCAUUUGGAGGCGGCCUGCUCCUG